UUCAUAUGGAAUAGUAUAUAAAGAAUUCGAACACACGCGAAUAUAAAUUUUUAUGCAGCUUUACUUUAACGACGCAUAAGAACUUUACUUUAUAAAAUCUAACGUUCAGUAUAUUUUAAUAGAUUAUUAGAAGGUGUUAAACUAUAUAUAUAAGCACAUAAAUCUACCAAACGAAAUGAAAACAUCAAUGAAUAUGACGUUUAUGCUAAUGUUAUUCAUAUUUACUAUUGUUUUUCCUUCAAUUGAAUCUUUUCAACUGUAUCAACAAAGUUCAGGUGUUAGACCUGCGAAUCCAUAUGAACAUGCCUCAAGAUUUCUGGAUUGUUUUUGUGCACUGAGUUGUGACGGAAGAAGAAACUUUCAGUCUUGCGUGAGACAAAAUGGAUUCGAAAUUGUUCUGGAAUUCGCUAAAAACUGUGCUCAACAAAUACAAUUUUAUCCAACUAAAGAAGAGGUCGAUGAUUUCCUUUGUAAUAAUCUGCGGUCAUGUCCACAAGAAUAUAAGCAAUUUAUCAUAUGUCUUGGUUCAGCUGACUAUACUUACAGUUUGAACUUUCCAAGUACUUAUAAGGUUGUCGAUUCGUGCCUGGCGAAUGCAGACAGAUGUUAAGAAAAAUCACUUCCUUCAAUUUAUCUUUAUUAACAAUUUAAUUAAAAAUUAUAUUAAGCUGAUUUUAUUAUUAUUAUAUUCAUAACAAAUUGGUAUAUUUAUUUAAAUUGGUAUAUAAAAUUGGUUGGUGUAUUAAUUUACAUUUUAAGUUCUAAAUUGAUUCAAAUUGUAGAAUUGUAUUCAAUUUCUGAUGAUUCAUGAUUUGCUUAAAUAAAGCAUUUUAAUAACUUGA